UCUCGUGGGCCCCCUGGAGGAGUCACCGUUGCCCCGGCACCAUCAGAUCCCAACCGCCAGGAAGCCGGCGCCAUCAUGCCCAAGAAUAAAGGGAAAGGAGGUAAAAACAGGCGAAGAGGUAAGAAUGAGAAUGAAUCUGAAAAGAGAGAACUGGUCUUUAAAGAGGAUGGCCAAGAGUAUGCUCAGGUAAUCAAAAUGCUGGGAAAUGGACGAUUAGAAGCAAUGUGUUUUGAUGGUGUAAAGAGGUUAUGUCAUAUCAGAGGAAAACUGAGAAAAAAGGUUUGGAUAAAUACCUCAGACAUUAUAUUGGUUGGUCUGCGAGACUAUCAGGAUAACAAAGCUGAUGUAAUUUUAAAGUACAAUGCAGAUGAAGCUAGAAGUCUGAAGGCAUACGGCGAGCUUCCAGAACAUGCUAAAAUCAACGAAACUGAUACAUUUGGUCCUGGAGAUGAUGAUGAAAUCCAGUUUGAUGACAUUGGAGAUGAUGAUGAAGACAUUGACGAUAUCUAAAUUGAACUUAAAGUUUCAGAGUAUUUGUUCCAUAGUUUGGAUUUUGGCCAUUACCUGUCAAGAAGACUAAAACUUCAGGAUAACUGCAAUUUGCUAACACACACUGAUU